GUAAAAGAGAAUUAGAAAACAUAACGGUUAUGGUUAUUGAGAUUCAUCCUCAACCCUGAUUCCUCUCCUAAAUUUAGCCACGUUUUCCUGCAUCAUCAUCACAAUCAGCCAUGCUCUCUAUCAUAUCCACACUCAUCCCUUAGAUCUCACAUCACAAUCCAUGUCGGUUAUAUCAAGCAUGGAGGCGCCUAACGCUGACGUGGACCUUUCGCCGGAGAAGAUUGAGAAUGAGAAAGAGGGAGGUCCAAUGUUCCAUUGUGAUUUACAUGAUACAGAAAUAGUUCACAAGCUUGCUCAAAUGUUCCUGCCAGGUUUAGCCUCUGCUUGUGUUGAUAACACAACUGGAGAUCCCUUUAGCACUGCUGGUUCAGUUGCGGAUGAUUUGAGGAAAGAAAUGAUUGAUUAUCUUACGCAGAGAAGUGAAUCGUUUGUUGCUGAGACUGUUAUAUUUGACGAUGGUGCGGAUGGUGAAGUCUCGGAUCAUCCUUUCGAUAUUAUUUCUUGUUUUGUGGAUGACUUUGUUAAUUCGAAGAGGAAUUUGUUGAGUCAGGUUUCGGGAUGGUUGCUGAGCGAUAAGAGAGAGGAUAACAUAGAUGAUUUUGUUCAGGAGAUGGAAACAAAGGGUUUUUGGUUGUUGGAUAGAAGAGAAAAAGUUGCUGAAAAUUUGCUUAGGAAUGUUGAUUUCAAGAACUCGUUUCAUUGUAGCAUGAGUUUUAUUAACGCGGAAGAGCUUGCCAACCAUGUUGAUGAUUGCAAUUUCAAACCCGUUAUCUGCCGUAACGAGGGAUGCAAUGCGAGGUUUAGCGCUGUUUAUUUGAAGGAGCAUGAUUCAGAAUGUCUUUUUAAAGUAAUUCCAUGUGAGCAGAAGUGUACGGAUAACAUUGUGAGACGUGAGAUGGAUAGGCACUGCAUAACUGUUUGUCCGAUGAAGCUUGUGAAUUGUCCUUUCUAUGCAGUCGGUUGUCGAUCGGCUAUUGCACAAUGUAGCGUUGGAAAACAUUGCUCAGAUGAUCUUCAUUCCCACUUAUUGCAUUUGCUUAAAGGGAUCCACAAGGAUGCAUCCGGCGGAGAUCUUAAUCGACGAGUAGAGCGAAUUGUACAGGCAUCAUCAAGCAAUAGGUUAGCAGAAGCCCGCGAUGUAAGAUCUCUAAAAGCUAUUGUCAGAGAUCUUGAAGCUAAGCUAGGGCCUUUGGAAGUCAGUGCCAUAGAGAAAACUAGUGCAGAAACAGUUGCAAAGAAUGAAAAUAACGAAACCAAGGGUGGGGCACAAGCUUCAACUCCAUCGGAUAAAACCGAAGUAAAUGCUACACUGAAUAAGAAUGGUGCAGAGAAUGCCCUGAAUAAUGAAGUUAGUGAGCAUAAGGAAAAUGAAAAAAAAGGGUAACGCAGAGAAUGAAUGAGGAAGAAGGAUAUUAGAAAAUGAUAACUUGUAGGUUGGCAUACAAAUUUUUAGUUGAGAAGUUUUGUGGUAUGUUCAGUUUCUUAAUCUUGGUGAGAUAUGUUGAUUUCUUUCUUAUUUGUUAAUCUUUUGCAUCAUUCAUAUUAGUAGAGCCCUUUUUGUUC